GUGCAGCUGUGAGCUGUCCGCUCUGAGUUUCUCAGGAGGGAAGAGUUGGGGAGGCUCUGGAGUCUGGGGAAUCGUUCAUACAGUAACCGGUUUGCAGCAACACAAUUAAGUGGAAUAUCAGUUUUUGGCUCUUGUGGAUGGACAUUGAGAAGCUUCCUUACUGCAAGGUUGCUGAAAACUCUGUCAGAUCUCUCUGAAGCGAGACCCUCUUAACGUUUGAUCAUUAUGGAGACUGAAGAAAUUGAGGAGGAGUUCGAGGAGGAGAUUGUGGAGACGGGAGCCGGUGGCCUGCCCACCCGCAAGGUCAGGAAGAAGGUCAAGGUGGACACCUCCAAAUUCAUGACCCCUUACCUGGCCCACAGCCAGAAGAUGCUGGAUCAGUACAGUCACAACAAGUACCGUGAAGCCUAUGAGAAGAAUGUGAAGGGUCUGCCUUAUGCUAUCUCCAGUGACACUCCUGAGCUGAUUCGCAUUAAGAAGGCUCAGGAGCAGCUCAGCGAGGUCAAAUACCGCAUGGAGGGUUCGAAGGCUAGGACCCUGUGCAACUAUGAUGGCGAGGCUCGUGAGAUUGCCCAUGUGAAGCAUGUAACUGACCUGAUCAGCAAAGUUCUUUACAGGCAAAAGUGGGACGAGACAAAAGACCGCUAUCUGCUGCCACCUGAUGCUCCAGAGCUUGUACUGGCUGUGAAGAAUGCAGCAAACUACAGCAAGAAACUGUACACUGAGGUCUGGGAUGAGGAUAAGACCAUGUAUUAUCCUUACAGUGACAGCCCUGAACUUCGCAGGGUUGCCAAAGCCCAGGAGGUCCUCAGUGAUAUCAAGUACAAGAAGGGUCAUGAUGAGCGCAAGGCCAAGUAUACAUCCUUGGCUCUACCUCCGGAUGUGGAGCUGGCCAAGAAAGUCUUCACCCAGCGCAGUGAUCUCAAAUAUCAUGAAGAUUACAACAAGAAUGUCAAGGGCCACUGGUGUGAGACACCUUACUUUGACGUUGCCAUCGCAAGACAGGCCAUGGACAACCUUAGCUCCAAAAAAUACACGCAAGCGUUUGAGGACAUAAAAGACCAAAUCUACUUCAUGCAAACAGACACGCCAGAAUACACCGCUCGCAAGAAGGCUGGUAACGCUGCAAGCUCGGUCAAAUACAAGAAGGAAUACGAAAAGACCAAAGCAGUGGCUGGCUACAACGUUCUCCCCGCAACAGACAAUCCCCUGCUCACCCAGCUGAGAUAUGCUGGAACAAUUCUUAGUGAUAAAGUCUAUAAAGCCAGCUAUGAGAAAUCACGGGGAUCCAGCAUCAACUACUGUGACACGCCCAAGUUCAAGAUGGAUAAUGUUCUCAAGCAGUUUACUGACGCGCACUAUAAAACAAAGUAUGAAAAUGAGGUGAAAGGUCAUUACAUCGGCAGCUAUGAGGACAUAUACAUGCUGCACUGUCAGAAGAUGGAAGAAAUUAAGAGCAGUACAAAUUAUAAAGCAGAUUAUGAGGACAUAAAGACAAGAUGUUACUUCCCUCAAACCGUCACGCCAGAGUAUGAAGCCAUAAAGAGGGUUGGAGUGUGCAAAGAUAAACAAUAUCGCCAGCAUCCAGACACAGUUAAAUUCACUCAAGUGACAGACUCGCCUGUCAUGGUGCAAGCUGGAAUUAACGCCAAGCAGCUAAGUGACCUCAAUUAUAAAGCAAAGUAUGAAGAGACGAAGUUCAAAUGCUACGUACCUCCAGAUUACCCCUUCUUUAUUCAGUCAAGAGUCAACGCCUAUAACCUCAGUGAUACUUGUUACAAGUAUGACUGGGAGAAAACAAAAGCGAAGAAAUUUGAGGUGAAAGGGGACGCCAUUUCAAUCCUCGCUGCCCGUGCCCAUACAAAUAUUGCCAGCGAUUUUAAGUACAAGAAGGAAUAUGAGAAGAAUAAAGGACACAUGAUUGGUGCCCUCAGCAUCAACGACGACCCCAAGAUGCUGCACUCUAUGCAUGUGGCCAAAAUUCAGAGUGGACGUGAAUACAAGAAAGACUAUGAAAAGUUGAAGACCAAGUACCACGCCCCUCUGGACAUGAUGCUGGUCACACUGGCUAAGAAGUCCCAGGCUAUUGCAAGCAUGGCUGGCUACAAAAAGAUCCCCACUAAUUACCUCCUGCCCUACAAUAGUAUGUCACUGGAGUUGGCCAAGCAAGGCAAUUUCAUCCAGAGUGAUAAUGAAUAUAAGUCUGACUACAACAACAUGGUCAAAGGUACUCCUUGGGUUCCCUUUGGGUCGAUGGAAGUUGAAAAAUGUAAGAAGGCCGGUGAGAUCCUUAAUGAGAAAAAGUAUAGGCAGCACCCAGAUACCAUUCCAUUCACUGCCAUCGAUGACCAUCCGGUCAUGUUGCAGUCCAAAGUCAACCAGAUGUUGAGGAGUGAUCUUCACUACAAAAAAGGUCUUGAGGAGAUCCAUCAGAAGUACUCCUUGCCUCCUGAUAUUCCAGAGUUCCUUCAAGCCAAAUGUAAUGCUUACAACAUCAGCAAGAAUUAUUACAAGAUGGCUUGGGAAGAGACUAUUGCGAAGGGGUACGAUUUGCAACCUGAUGCCAUCCCCGUCAAGGCUGCUAAAGCAGCUAGACAUGCAGCUAGUGAUUACCAAUACAAAAAGGCAUACAACAAGGUGAAGGGCCAACACAUCGGCUUCCGCAACAUUAAGGACGACCCUCUGCUGGUGCACUACAUGGAGCUGGCCAAGAUGAAGAGUGACAAGAACUACACGAAGGACUAUCACAAGUCCAAGGUGAAGUUCAGCUCCCCUGUGGACAUGAUGAGUGUGGUGCACGCUAAAGAAGCUACAGCUAAGCAGACCAAUGCCGGCUACAAGAAGCUUAUCCACCACUACACCCUCCUCCCAGAUUCGAUGAACCUGCAGCUGGCCCGUAGCAUGAGUACCAUAGCCAGUGAUUACAACUAUAAAAUGGAUUAUGAGUGCUCAGUCAAGGGCUCCCCCUGGGUCCCUAUUGGGUCACUGGCGGUGGAGAAAGCCAAGAUGGCUGCCGCCGCACUGGAUGAGGCAAAGUACAGACAGCACCCAGACACGAUCAAGUUCACUUCUGUCCUGGAAACCCCAGUCAAUGAGCAGGCUAAGCUCAAUGCCUUGCAGCUGAGUGAUAGAGUGUACAAAGCCAGUGGUGAGAAGUUCAUGCAUACUUACAACCUUCCAGUUGACACCCCAGGGCUCUUGCAGGCAAAGUAUAACGCAGCCAGUAUCAGUGAGUCCUACUACAAAUACCAAUAUAAGAAGGAUCUGCUGAAAGGACAUCACGUGAAAGAGGAUGCCAUUUCCAUUAUUGCUGCCAGGGCAUGCAGUAAUAUUGCCAGUGAUUUCAAGUAUAAGCUGGCUUACAACAAGGCAAAGGGCCACCACAUUGGUGUCCGCAACAUUAAAGACGACCCUCUGCUGAUCCACUACAUGGAUGUGGCUAAGAUGCAGAGCGAGAGAAACUACAAGAAGGACUAUCACAAGUCCAAGUUGAAGUACAGCUCCCCUGUGGACAUGAUGAGCGUGACUCACGCUAAAGAAGCUACAGCUAAGCAGACAUAUGCCGGCUACAGGAAGCUUAUCCACCAGUACACCCUCCUGCCAGAUGCUAUGAACCUGGAGUUGGCCCGUACCAUGAAUGUACAAUCAAGUGAUAAUAACUACAGGUCUGAGUACAACAACAACUUCAGGGGAGCCGGAUGGGUCCCAAUUGGCUCUAUAGACAUUGAGUUGGCGAAGACUGCAAAAAAAGCAUUGGAUGAACACUCCUACCGCCAGCAUCCCAGCAACUUCAAGUUUACCAGUCUGACAGAUGCCAUGCACAUGGCCCUUGCAAUGACCAACACCAAGAUUCUUGACAAGGCUGCGUACAAAGCUUCAGGUGAGAAGUUCAUGCACACUUACAACCUGCCUGCAGACUGCCCAGAGUUCCUGCAGGCCAAGUUCAAUGCACAGACAAUGAGUGAGCAACACUACAAGAAACAGUGGCUUCAGGAUAUUGCCAAGGGUUAUGACUUGAGACAGGAUGCAAUUUCAGUUGUUGCUGCCAAGCACGGAAGACACAUUGCCAGUGAUUUCCAAUACAAGAAAGACUUUGAGAAGGCAAAGGGCCACCACAUUGGUGUCCGCAACAUUAAGGACGACCCUCUGCUGAUCCACUACAUGGAUGUGGCUAAGAUGCAGAGCGAGAGAAACUACAAGAAGGACUAUCACAAGUCCAAGUUGAAGUACAGCUCCCCUGUGGACAUGAUGAGCGUGACUCACGCUAAAGAAGCUACAGCUAAGCAGACAUAUGCCGGCUACAGGAAGCUUAUCCACCAGUACACCCUCCUGCCAGAUGCUAUGAACCUGGAGUUGGCCCGUACCAUGAAUCGCAGCGCUAGUGAUUACGAAUACAAGGCUGAUUACAACUCCAUGGUCAAGGGAUCUCCAUGGGUGCCCAUAGGCUCUCUGGGUGUUGAAACCGCAAGAGUUGGUGGAGAGAUCCAGAGUGAUCACAGAUACCGCACUCACCCUUCAAAAUACCCCUUCCACAGGCUGAUGGACUCCAUGGAUCUGGUUUUGGCCACUACCAACAACCAGAUCUUGAACAAGCAAGCCUACACUGCAGCCUGGAACAAGGCUAAACUCAGUGUCCACGUCAUGCCAGACAGCCCUGAGUUUGUGCUUGCAAAGGCAAAUGCUGUCACAAUGAGUAAUAAACGCUACAAGGCUGGCUUGGACGAGAUGGCUAAAGCUGGCUAUCAUCUCACAAAUGAUGCCAUUUCUAUUUUGGCUGCGAAAUCUGGCAGCACUAUUGCAAGUGAUUACAAGUACAAGCUAGCUUUCCAGAAGUCCAAAGGGCACCACAUUGGUGUCAACAACAUUAAGGAUGACCCUCUGCUGACACACUACAUGGAGGUGGCCAAGAUACAGAGCGAGAAAAACUACAAGAAGGACUAUCACAAGUCCAAGUUGAAGUACAGCUCCCCUGUGGACAUGAUGAGCGUGACUCACGCUAAAGAAGCUACAGCUAAGCAGACAUAUGCCGGCUACAGGAAGCUUAUCCACCAGUACACCCUUCUGCCAGAUGCUAUGAACCUGGAGUUGGCCCGUACCAUGAAUCGCAGCGCUAGUGACUAUGAAUACAAGGCUGAUUACAACUCCAUGGUCAAGGGAUCUCCAUGGGUGCCCAUAGGCUCUCUGGGUGUUGAAACAGCAAGAGUUGGUGGAGAGAUCCAGAGUGAUCACAGAUACCGCACUCACCCUUCAAAAUACCCCUUCCACAGGCUGAUGGACUCCAUGGAUCUGGUUUUGGCCACUACCAACAACCAGAUCAUGAACAAGCAAGCCUACACUGCAGCUUGGGAGAAGGAAAAGCUCAAGAUCCACGUCAUGCCUGACAGUCCUGAGAUAGUUCUGGCCAAGGCUAAUGCAAUUACAAUGAGUAAUAAACUGUACAAUCUUGCCAAUGAACAAGCUAAGAAGAAAGGCCACCAUGUGGGUGUUGAUGCUAUUGCAAUCAAAGCAGCUAAGAACUGCACAACUAUUGCCAGCGAUUACAAGUACAAGACUGGCUACCGCAAGCAGGUUGGCCAUCACAUUGGAGCCCUCAGCAUCCAGGAUGACCCACUGCUAAUGUUGGCCUUGAACUCUGCCAAGAUUGCUAGUGAUGCUCUUUACAAGAAGCACUUCAACGAGUCCAAGACUAAAUUUAAUCUACCUGUGGACAUGAUAGCAUUUGAGCUGGCUAAGAAGAAUCAGAUCCAGGUCAACGAUGCUAACUACAGAACUCGCCUUCACAACUGGACCUGCCUGCCCGACUCCAGUGAUGUUGUCCAGGCUAGACAUGUCUAUGACAUUCAAAGUGAAGCUGUGUACAGGGCUGAUUUCAAACUGCAGCAAGGUACAGGGUGGGUUCCAAUUGGCUCACUUGAUGUUGAGAAAGCGAAGAAAGCUGGAGAGAUCCUGAGUGAUGCAUUGUACCGUCAGCACCCCAGCAACUUCAAAUUCACCAGCACAACUGAGGAUAUGCCAAUUGUCCUGGCUAAAGCCAUGAAUGACAAUAUUAACAAGCAAAGUUAUGUGAAGGCUUGGGAUGUGGAUAAGACAAAGAUUCAUAUCAUGCCAGAUGCGAUGGAUGUAGCACUGGCCAGACAGAAUAAGGCAACCUACAGUGAGAAUCACUACAAAAAAGCUUACAUAGAUGACAAGAAGAAGGGCUAUGACUUGCGCAAUGAUGCCAUUGGUAUUAAAGCUGCCAAGGCAGCCAGGGACAUUGCCAGUGAAUACAAGUACAAGACCGGCUACCGCAAGCAGGUUGGGCACCACAUCGGAGCCCUCAGCGUCCAGGAUGAUCCACUGCUCAUGCUGGCCUUGAACUCAGCGAAGAUUGCUAGUGACGCUCUGUACAAGAAGGACUUCAACCAGUCCAAGACUAAGUUCAAUCUACCUGUGGACAUGAUAGCAUUUGAGCUAGCUAAGAAGAAUCAGAUUCAGGUCAACGAUGCCCACUACAGAACUUAUCUGCACAACUGGACCUGCCUGCCUGACUCCAGUGAUGUUGUCCAGGCCAAGCAAGUCUAUGAGAUGCAGAGUGAUGCUGUGUACAGAGCAGAUCUGAAGUGGCUCAGAGGUGCCGGAUGGGUCCCCAUUGGCUCACUUGAUGUUGAGAAAGCGAAGAAAGCUGGAGAGAUCCUGAGCGAGUCAUUGUACCGUCAGCACCCCAGCAACUUCAAAUUCACCAGCACAACUGAGGAUAUGCCAAUUGUCCUGGCUAAAGCCAUGAAUGAUAAUAUUAACAAGCAAAGCUAUGUGAAGGCAUGGGAUGUGGAUAAGACAAAGAUUCAUAUCAUGCCAGAUGCGAUGGAUGUGGCACUGGCCAGACAGAACAAGGCAACCUACAGUGAGAAUCACUACAAAAAAGCUUACAUAGAUGACAGGAAGAAAGGCUAUGACUUGCGCAAUGAUGCCAUUGGUAUUAAAGCUGCUAAGGCAGCCAGGGACAUUGCCAGUGAUUACAAGUACAAGACCGGUUACCGCAAGCAGGUUGGCCACCACAUCGGAGCCCUCAGCGUCCAGGAUGAUCCACUGCUCAUGCUAGCCUUGAACUCUGCAAAGAUAGCUAGUGAUGCUCUGUACAAGAAGGACUUCAACAAGUCAAAGACUAAGUUCAAUCUACCUGUGGACAUGAUAGCAUUUGAGCUGGCUAAGAAGAAUCAGAUUCAGGUCAAUGAUGCCCACUACAGAACCUAUCUGCACAACUGGACCUGCCUGCCCGACUCCAGUGAUGUUGUCCAGGCCAGACAGGUGUACGAAAUGCAGAGUGAUGCUGUGUACAGGGCUGAUUUCAAACUGCAGCAAGGUACAGGGUGGGUUCCAAUUGGCUCAAUUGAUGUUGAGAAAGCGAAGAAAGCUGGAGAGAUCCUGAGUGAUGCGUUGUACCGUCAGCACCCCAGCAACUUCAAAUUCACCAGCACAACUCAGGAUAUGCCAAUUGUCCUGGCUAAAGCCAUGAAUGACAAUAUUAACAAGCAAAGCUAUGUGAAGGCUUGGGAUGUGGAUAAGACAAAGAUUCAUAUCAUGCCAGAUGCGAUGGAUGUGACACUGGCCAAACAGAAUAAGGCAACCUACAGUGAGAAUCACUACAAAAAAGCCUACAUAGAUGACAAGAAGAAGGGCUAUGACUUGCGCAAUGAUGCCAUUGGUAUUAAAGCUGCCAAGGCAGCCAGGGACAUUGCUAGUGAUUACAAGUACAAGACCGGCUACCGCAAGCAGGUCGGCCACCACAUCGGAGCCCUCAGCGUCCAGGAUGAUCCACUGCUCAUGCUGGCAAUUCAUGGUGCUAAGAUUGCUAGUGACGCUCUUUACAAGAAGGACUUUAACAAGUCCAAGACAAAGUUCCAUCUUCCUGUGGACAUGUUGUCCGUUGAGCUGGCCAAGAAGUGUCAGAAGCAGGUCAAUGAUUUCAACUACAGAACUCAACUGCACAACUGGACCUGCCUGCCUGACUCUAGUGACGUUGUCCAGGCCAGACAGGUGUACGAAAUGCAGAGUGAUGCUGUGUACAGGGCUGAUUUCAAACUGCAGCAAGGUACAGGGUGGGUUCCAAUUGGCUCACUUGAUGUUGAGAAAGCGAAGAAAGCUGGAGAGAUCCUGAGUGAUGCGUUGUACCGUCAGCACCCCAGCAACUUCAAAUUCACCAGCACAACUCAGGAUAUGCCAAUUGUCCUGGCUAAAGCCAUGAAUGACAAUAUUAACAAGCAAAGCUAUGUGAAGGCUUGGGAUGUGGAUAAGACAAAGAUUCAUAUCAUGCCAGAUGCGAUGGAUGUGACACUGGCCAAACAGAAUAAGGCAACCUACAGUGAGAAUCACUACAAAAAAGCUUACAUAAAUGACAAGAAGAAGGGCUAUGACUUGCGCAAUGAUGCCAUUGGUAUUAAAGCUGCCAGGGCAGCCAGGGACAUUGCCAGUGAUUACAAGUACAAGACCGGCUACCGCAAGCAGGUCGGCCACCACAUCGGAGCCCUCAGUGUCCAGGAUGAUCCACUGCUCAUGCUGGCAAUUCAUGGUGCUAAGAUUGCUAGUGACGCUCUUUACAAGAAGGACUUCAACAAGUCCAAGACAAAGUUCAACCUUCCUGUGGACAUGUUGUCCGUUGAGCUGGCCAAGAAGUGUCAGAAGCAGGUCAAUGAUUUCAACUACAGAACUCAACUGCACAACUGGACCUGCCUGCCUGACUCAAGUGACGUUGUCCAAGCCAAGCAAGUCUAUGAGAUGCAGAGUGAUGCCGUGUACAGAGCAGAUCUGAAGUGGCUGCAAGGUACAGGGUGGGUCCCCAUUGGCUCACUUGAUGUUGAGAAAGCAAAGAAGGCUGGAGAGAUCCUGAGCGAGAAGUUGUACCGUCAGCAUCCCAGCAACUUUAGUUUUACCAGCACAACUGAGGCUAUGCCAAUUGUCCUGGCCAAAGCCAAUGCAUCAAUAAAUAACAAGUCCGCGUAUACUGAGGCUUGGAACAAAGACAAGACCCAAAUUCAUAUCAUGCCAGAUGCCAUGGAUGUGCUCCUUGCAAAGCAGAAUUGCAAAAACUACAGUUUGAAAUCAUACACACAAGAUGUUGUAGAUAUGUUCAAGAAGGGCUAUAACCUAAAACCUGAUGCCAUCGCAAUCAAAGCAGCCAAGCAUGGAAGAGAAAUAAUUAGUGAUUACAAGUACAAGACCGGCUACCGCAAGCAGGUCGGCCACCACAUCGGAGCCCUCAGCGUCCAGGAUGAUCCACUGCUCAUGCUGGCCAUUCAUGGUGCUAAGAUUGCUAGUGACGCUCUUUACAAGAAGGACUUCAACAAGUCCAAGACAAAGUUCCAUCUUCCUGUGGACAUGUUGUCCGUUGAGCUAGCCAAGAAGUGUCAGAAGCAGGUCAAUGAUUUCAACUACAGAACUCAACUGCACAACUGGACCUGCCUGCCCGAUUCCAAUGACGUUGUGCAGGCCAGGAAGGUCUAUGACCUACAGAGUGAUGCUGUGUACAAGGCCGACAUGGAGUUUAUCAGGGGUACUGGCUGGGUCCCCAUUGGAUCACUGGAUGUUCUUAAGGCCAAGAAAGCUGGUGAAAUUCUCAGUGACCACUUGUACCGCCAGAAGCCAGACCAAUUCAAGUUCACCCAAGACAUGCAGUCUAUGCCUAUGGUCUUGGCUAAAACAAACGCUGACACAAUCAACAAGAAACAAUACAUUGAAGCCUGGGAAAAUGAUAAGACGACGAUCCACUUAAAUCCAGAUAUUCCUGAAAUUAUACUGUCCAAGGCUAAUGCUAUUAACAUGAGCAAAAAACUAUACAAACAAGAUGUUGAAGAUAUGUUCAAGAAAGGCUAUAACCUAAGCGCUGAUGCCAUCGCAAUCAAAGCAGCCAAGCAUGGAAGAGAAAUAAUUAGUGAUUACAAGUACAAGACCGGCUACCGCAAGCAGGUCGGCCACCACAUCGGAGCCCUCAGCGUCCAGGAUGAUCCACUGCUCAUGCUGGCAAUUCAUGGUGCUAAGAUUGCUAGUGACGCUCUUUACAAGAAGGACUUCAACAAGUCCAAAACCAAGUUCCAUCUUCCUGUGGACAUGUUGACCGUGGAGCUAGCCAAGAAGUGUCAGAAGCAGGUCAAUGAUUUCAACUACAGAACUCAACUGCACAACUGGACCUGCCUGCCCGACUCCAAUGACGUUGUGCAGGCCAGGAAGGUCUAUGACCUACAGAGUGAUGCUGUGUACAGGGCAGAUAUGUCAUGGCUGAGAGGUUGUGGAUGGGUUCCUAUUGGCUCGUUAGACGUGGAGAAAGCCAAGAAAGCUGGUUCCAUCCUGAGUGAGAGACAUUACCGACAGCACCCAAGUCAGUUUCCAUUCACCUGCAAAACUGAUGAUAUGCCCUUUGCUCUGGCUCAGUCAAACGCUCAAACUAUGGACAAGAAAGCAUAUCAGGAAGCAUGGAAUAAAGACAAGACAACUAUCCACAUCAUGCCAGACACUCCUGAGAUCCUCUUAGCCCAACAGAAUAACAUCACCAACAGCAGGAAAUUAUACAGACAAGCAGUUGAAGAUAUGUUUAAGAAGGGAUACAACCUGAAGCCUGAUGCCAUCGCCAUCAAAGCAGCCAAGAAAUCAAGAGAAAUCAUCAGCGAUUACAAAUAUAAAGCGGGUUAUCGCAAGCAACAAGGACACCACGUUGGAGCUCUUAGUGUCCAGGAUGAUCCACUGAUUGUGCUGGCAAUGCAUGGUGUUAAGAUUGCGAGUGACAAUCUCUACAAGAAGGACUUCAACAAGUCCAAAACCAAGUUCCAUCUCCCUGUAGACAUGCUUAGUCUCGAGCUGGCCAAGAAGUGUCAGAAGCAGGUCAAUGAUUUCAACUACAGAACUCAACUGCACAACUGGACCUGUCUGCCCGACUCCAGUGACGUUGUCCAAGCCAGGAAGGUCUACGAUAUUCGUAGUGAUGCUGUCUACAAGGCUGAUAUGGAGUGGAUCCGUGGGUGUGGCUGGAUACCACAGGGUUCUCCAGAUGUUCUGAAAGCCAAACAUGCUCAGGAAAUUCUCAAUGACAGACUGUACCGCCAGCCUCCCAGCACUAUCAAGUUCACAAGUGCUGUUGACCUGCCAGAAAUUGUUCUGUCCAAGCAAAACGCAGAAAACAUUAGUAAUAGGAAUUACAAAGCGGCUUGGGAGAAGGACAAAACAUGCAUUCACAUCAAUCCUGACACACCAGAAAUCCUCCUCUCUAAGGCAAACUCUGUGAACACCAGCAAUAAACUGUACACCAACAUUUGGAACAAAGAGAAAGCCAAGGGAUACCACAUUAAGGAAGACGCCAUCUCUGUACUUAAAGCUAGAGCCUCCAGAGAUAUUGCCAGUGAUUACAAGUACAAGACCGGCUACCGCAAGCAGGUGGGCCACCACAUUGGAGCUCUCAGUGUCCAGGAUGAUCCACUGAUUGUGCUGGCAAUGCAUGGUGCUAAGAUUGCGAGUGACGCUCUCUACAAGAAGGACUUCAACAAGUCCAAAACCAAGUUCCAUCUCCCUGUAGACAUGCUUAAUCUCGAGCUGGCCAAGAAGUGUCAGAAGCAGGUCAAUGAUUUCAACUACAGAACUCAACUGCACAACUGGACCUGUCUGCCCGACUCCAGUGACGUUGUCCAAGCCAGGAAGGUUUACGAAAUUCGUAGUGAUGCGGUCUACAGGGCUGACUUGGAGUGGCUUAGGGGCUGUGGAUGGAGUCCUCAUGAGUCUGUGGAGGUCAAGAGAGUGAAACAUGCCCAGGAUAUCCUGGCUGAUAGAGGUUACCGUGUGAAACUGGAUUCACAGCCAUACACAAUUCCACAUGACCGAGUAGACUUGGCAUGCGCCAAGAAUGCAGCUGAUGUCCUGAAUGAGGCUAAAUAUCGUGAGCAAUGGCACAAGGACAAGACCACAUACCAUCUGACAGACACUCCGACACUGGCAACAUGCAGAGAGACAAAAAAGAAUCUCCACCCAAAACUGUACACUCAGGAAUGGAAUAAGACCAAAGCUACUGGAUACUUCAUGCCUGGAGAUGCCGUUGGCAUCCAGCAAUGUAUCAAGACAUCUAAGAUACAAAGUGAUCACAAGUACCAUGACAGCUACCGCAAGCAGGUUGGCCACCACAUCGGAGCCCUCAGCGUCCAGGAUGAUCCACUGCUGAUGUUGGCCUUGAACUCUGCUAAGAUUGCCAGUGAUGCUCUUUACAAGAAGGACUUCAACAAGUCCAAGACUAAGUUCAAUCUACCUGUUGACAUGAUAGCAUUUGAGCUGGCAAAGAAGUGCCAAAUCCAGGUCAACGACGAUCACUACAGAACCCGUCUGCACAACUGGACCUGCCUGCCCGAUCAGAAUGAUGUUAUUCAGGCCCGCAAAGUAUACGACAUCAACAGCGAUAUAAUUUAUAAAGCCGAUCUGGAAUGGAUCCGUGGAUGUGGAUGGGUUCCUGCAGAAUCUGUUGAUCAUGUCAAAGUCAGAAAAGCCCAACAGAUCAUGAAUGAGAGACUUUACAAAAAGGACGCUAAGGAGGGCUUUAGCAAGUUCACUCUCAUUGUCGAUCGCCCUGAGAUUAUCCAGGCUAAAGUCAAUGCCUUCCAACUCAGUGACCUGAAGUACAAAGAGUCCUUCAAUGCGGAGAAGGGUCAUUACAUUGGUUCUGAUGACACACCCCAGAUGGCUCAUUGCAGAGAGUCUGCCAAGAACAUCAGUGAGAAACUGUACAAGCUGAACUGGGAUGAAAGCAAAGCCACUGGCUACCAACUGAACCAUGAGUACCUCCCUCUGCUGAUUGCCAAGAAAGCCAGGGACAGCGUCAGUGAUGCCAAGUACAAAAACGCCCAUGAGAAGGAAAAGGGCCAUUACAAGGCUGCCAACAUCCUAGACUUCCCUGAUGUGAUGCGCUAUGGUGAAAUAGAGAAGAUGAAGAACCUGAGGGACUACCAUAAGGACUACAAUGAGAUCAAGACUAAGCUUCACAUUCCUGUGGACAUGAUUAGCCAUGUUGUGGCCAGGAAAUGUCAGGACAUCCUAAGUGAAGAGAAGUACCGAACCUACCUCCACCAAUGGACAUGCCACCCUGACCAAAAUGAUGCUAUCCGUGCUCGCCGCGCCAAUGAGAUUUUGAGUGACGUCUUCUACAAGGAGGAUCUGAACUGGACAAAGGGCAUCGGCUGCUAUGCCUGGGACACCCCAGAAAUUCUUCGUGCCAAGAAGGCCUACGAGCUUCAGAGUGAUAUCAAAUACAAAGCUGAGGGCAAGAAGGAAUUCAACAACUACUCUAUUGUGACAGACACCCCUGUUUAUGUCACUGCUGUCCUGGGACACACCUGGGCCAGUGAGUUGAACUACAGAGAGGCAUACCACAGGGAGAAGCACUUGUACACCACCACUCUCGACACGUUUGACUAUGCCCGCUGUCAUAACCUCAAGCAUCUCUUCAGCACGACCGAUUAUACUGCCGCAUGGAACAAGAUCAAGGCCAAGAGCUACUUCAUCCCACACGACUCUCAUGCACUGGCCCAUGCUAAACGGCAGAGGGUUAUCCUCAGCCCUGCAAAAUACCGUGAGGAUUACGAGAAGUUCAAGUCCCUCUACAGCUUGCCCAAAUCCAUUGAGGAUGAUCCUGCCACACUUAGGUGCCUCAAUGCUGGAAAACUUGUCCUUGACCGUUUGUACAAAGAAAAAUAUGAGAAGACAAAGGCCAAGGUGACCGUGCCUCCUGACAUGGUUGACAUUGUAGAAUCACGAAGGACCCAGAAGGCCGUCAGUGAGAUUGAUUACCGCAAGAUUAUGCACCAGUGGAUCUGCCUGCCAGACAUGCAGGUCUUCCAGCACUCCCGCAAAGUUGCUGAGCAGUUCAGUGAUAUCUGCUACAAGGAUGACCUGAACUGGCUGAGGGGAAUCGGCUGCUAUGCCUGGGACACUCCUGAGAUUGUGCGUAGCAAGAACGCCAUGCAGAUGCAGAGUAAUAAUGCGUACAAAGCCAAGGGAAUUCAGCAGUUCAAGGAUUACUCUGUGGUGUUGGAGACUCCUGUGUAUGAGACAUGCAAGCUGAGCGCUCAUAACCUUAGUGAUCUCAACUACCGUCACGACUACGCCACCAAUGUCAAAGGACAAUUCACCUCUCCCGCAGUCACCGUUGAUACAGAGAGAGCUCGCCUCAAUCAGUACAUCCAGAGUGAUAACCUCUACAAAGAGGAAAGCAAGAGUGCCAUGGCGAAGGGCUAUGAGCUUCCCUACGACACUCCUGCCAUCAAACAUGCCAAGGCCACUUCUCUCAACUGCAGUGAUGUGAGAUACAAACUGAAACACGACCAAACCAAGGCCACAGGCUACUCCCUGGACCCUGAGGGUGUCCACUUUGUAACCAUCAGAAACGCCAACAAGAUCACCAAUGACCGUCUGUACCGCGAGAAAUAUGAGAAGACAAAGGACAAAAUCCACCCCAUCUACGACACACCAGAAACCCUGCAAGUCAAGGCCAACCAGGAAAACAUCAGUGAUCUGUGCUACAAGGAGAAGUUCCUUGCCAUUAGAGGCCAGCACAUUCCCAUGCCCAUCACCCCUCAGAUCAUGCACUGCUUCCAUGUCAACGAGAUCAACAGUGAGCUCAGGUACAAAGAGGAUCUGCUCUGGCUGCGGGGUAUCGGCUGCUUCAUGGCAGACUCUCCUGAGAUGACCCGCAUUCGCGAGUACACCAAGUUCAGGAACAACUAUGCAGUUGAAGCCAAGAAGAACUAUACCAACUUCUCUGUGGUGUUGGACACCCCGGAGUACCAGCGUGUGUCCGAGCUGAAGACCCACAUGAGCAAUUUGAUCUACAAAGCGCAAGGCAAACAGGAGAUGAGCAAGUGCACCAACACUUUAGACAGUGUGGAUUUCCAGAGAGCCAAAUGGGCCCAGAAACUGAACAACCAGUACCAGUACACCGAAGUCGCCUCCAAGGAGAGAGCCUUCUUCACUCCUGAGACAAACACUCCCACCAUUGUCCAUGCCAGACAGAUGAAAGUGAUGAUGAGUGAGACCAAGUACAAGGAUCAGUAUGAGAAGAUGAAGCACAGGUACACUGCCAUCCAUGACACCCCCAUGCUGGUUCGUGCCAAGAAAGCCUACCUGCAGUCCAGUGACCUGCGCUACAAGGAGACCUUCGAGCUGUCCAAGGGACACUACCACCCAACCAAGGAUGCUCUGGACAUUCUCUGUGCCAAGAGAGUCAGAGAUGACAUCAGUGAGGUCAAGUACAGAGAGAAGUACAUCAGUACUCUGGGAACCUGGAAGUCCAUCCCAGACCGUCCCGAGUUUUUCCACAGCAGGGUGGUCACCGAUUGCAUCAGUGAUCUCAAGUACAAAGAGGACCUGGACUGGAUCAAGGGCAUUGGUUGCUAUGUGUGGGACAGACCUGAGAUGGUACAAGCAGAAAAGAACAAGACUCUCUACAGCGAGAGGCUGUACAAAGCAUCAUAUGAGAAAAACAGAGGUAACUUCAAGUACACCUGUGACUCACCAUUCUUCGAGGCCGCCAAGAAUGCUUCAAUUCUCGCCAACGAUUCUAAGUAUAAGUCCAGGGCCAAGGAGCUGCUCAAGAGCGGCUGCAACGAGCUGCUCCGCCCUGACAUCCUGGGGGCCAUCUUUAACUCCAGCAUGUGGAGUAAGUGGAAGUACAGGGAGCAGUAUGAGCGUGCCAAGGACAAGUUCACCCCAGUGCUGGACACCCCUGAGCACCAGGUCCACAAGCGCAGAAAGCAGAUCAGCGAUAUUGUUUACAAGAUGGAGUAUAACAAGAACAAAGCUAGGGGCUACACUUUGCCCCAUGAUACUCCUCUGAACCAUCACAUGAAGAGAGUCAAGGAGAUCACCAGCGACCUGAAGUAUAAGGAAGUCUAUGAGAAGAACAAGACCCAUAUCACCAUGGAUCCAGAUGCCUUCGACAUCCGUGCUGCCAAGGAGGCCUACAAGAACAUCAGCAAUCUUACCUACAAGAAGAAGUAUGAAGCCAACAAGAUGAAGUGGAUCUGGACCGCUGACAGGCCUGACUUCCUCUACCAUGCCAGGAACCAGCUCCAGCAGAGCGAUAUUGAUUACAAGUAUGACAAGGAGAGUCUCAAGGGCUGUGUGAUUGCAGUUCCAGAGGACAAGUUGACAGAACUGGCUAAGAAGAAUACAGAGAUGUACAGUAAUGUGAAAUACAAGCAGAAGUAUGAGGAAGCUAAGGGACACUACAGGGCUGUUCUGGACACUCCUCAGAUUCUUCAUGCUAAAUCAGUGGCUACUCUCGUCUCCGAGAGUAAAUACAAAGAGGCCAGCAAAAAGGACCAUCAGUCUGGUUCCUUCACAACCCUGCCCCAGACUCGUGAGACCGUUCACAGCAAGGAGAUGGCCAAAAUGCAAAGCGGGAAACUGUACAAGAAGAAGUUCGAGCAGGAUAAGGGCAAGUCCAAGUACAAUGCAAUGAUACUUCCUCCUGAUGUUCUGCAUGCCAUGGACGUGGCCAAGAACCAGAGCAACAUUGCAUACAAGCAACAAGCCAAGGAAAAGCUGCAUUACACCCCAGUGGCAGACCGCCCAGACAUCAGGAAGGCCACUCAGGCUGCUAAGCUCAUAAGCGAUGUUGGCUAUCGUGACAAGGCUCGUCAGGAGGCAAGCCGCGGAGGGUCUCUGUCUUACCGCCCUGACAUUGCCCUGGCCACAGAAGUGUCCAAGUUGACUAGCACGGAGGAUAGGCCAAGCCUCCAUGGAAUCGCCUCCAUUGACACCCCCCAGAUGCGCCACAUUAAGAAAAUGAGUGCCCUGACUAGUGAUGUGAAGUACAAGGAGAAGUUUGACAAGGAAAUGAAAGGACAGAGGCCACAGUAUGACAUGAAAGAGAGCAAGAUUUAUAAAACUCUUAAGGAUGCAAAUACUCUUGCAAGCGAGGUGAAGUACAAGCGUGACCUGAAGAAGAUCCACAAGCCUGUGACUGACAUGGCUGAAUCCCUGUCCAUGCAGCACAACCUUAGCACCAGCAAACUGUCCAGUGAUUACCGAUACAAGAAGAAGUUUGAGGAGAGUAAGGGUCACUACCUUAUGAUCCCUGACACACCUGAACAGCUUCACCUCAAAGAGGCAUCUGAACUGCAGAGUCACGUCAAGUACAAGGAGAAGUAUGAGAAGGAGAAAGGCAAGGCCAUGCUGGACUUUGAAACCCCCACGUAUGUGACCGCUAAGGAGGCCCAGCACAUGCAGAGCCAGAAAGACUAUAGGAAGGACUAUGAGGAAUCCGUGAAGGGCAAGAACCUGUCAGGCCUGGAGAUCACCCCGGCCAUGUUACAUGUCAGACAUGCCACCAAAAUAGCUAGCGAGAAAGAGUACAGAAAGGAUCUAGAGGAAGGGGUGAAGGGUAAAGGGCUUACAGUACUGGAGGAAACUCCGGAAAUGCUGAGGGCAAAGAAUGCUACUCAGAUCCUGAACGAGAGAGUGUACAAGAAGUCUUUGGAAGAGGAGAUCAAGGGCAAAGGAAUGUUGGCUUUGGCUACAGACACUCCAGACUUCAUGAGGGCCAGAAAUGCUACUGAUAUCCUCAGUCAGACCAAGUACAAGCAGGUCGCUGAUAGGGAUCGUUCUAUCUACACAACUGUGAUCGACACCCCCGACAUUAUCCACGCUCAGCAAAUCAGAAACAUUGUUAGCCAGAAAAAGUACAAAGAGGAAGCUGAAAGAACCAUGUCUCACUAUGUGCCCGUCAUGGACACUCCUGAGAUGCAGAGAGUGCGUGAGAACCAGAAGAACUUCAGCACUCUUCAGUACCAGACUGACCUUAAAAACAGUAAGGGCAAAGUUUCAGCAGUAGUGGAGACGCCCGAAAUGCUUCGUGUUAAAGAAAAUACAAAGAAUUUCAGCUCGAUUCUUUACAAGGAUGAUUUAGGAGGAGGAACAGCAAUCUCUGAGACCCCAGAGAUGGAGAGAGUCAAACGCAAUCAGCAAACUAUUAGCACGACAAAGUACAAAGACUCUCUGGGGCAAGGUACAUCCAUACCGGAUCUCCCUGAGGUGAAAAGGGUCCGAGAGACCCAGAAGAACAUCAGUUCGACAAAGUACAAAGACUCUCUGGGGCAAGGUACAUCCAUACCGGAUCUCCCUGAGGUGAAAAGGGUCCGAGAGACCCAGAAGAACAUCAGUUCGAUUCGUUACAAGGAGGAUUUGGGAGGAGGAACAUCAAUCUCUGAGACCCCAGAGAUGGAGAGAGUUAAACGCAAUCAGCAAACUAUUAGCACGAUAAAGUACAAGGAUUCCUUGGGUCAAGGCACAGCCAUACCGGACCUCCCAGAGGUGAAGCGAGUCCGGGAGACCCAGAAGAACAUCAGCUCGGUUUUGUAUAAGGACCUCUCGGCCAAAGGAACGUCUGUGGUUUUCACUCCAGAGAUGGAGCGGGUGAAACGGAACCAAGAACACAUUAGCUCGGUGCUGUACUCUGACAGCUUCCGUAAGCAGGUGCAGGGCAAGGCCGCCUUCGUGCUGGACACUCCUGAGUUUAGGCGCGUGAAAGAGACACAGCGCAUUAUCUCUGGGGUCAGAUACCACCAGGACUUUGAGAAGAGCAAGGGAAGCUUCACACCCACUGUGAGUGACCCAGUGACUGAACGCGUGAAGAAGAACACUCAGGACUUCAGUGACAUCAACUACCGUGGCAUCCAGAGACGAGUUGUGGAGAUGGAGAGAAGGCGUGCCGAAGAGCACGACCAGGAGACCAUCACAGACCUCCGUGUGUGGCGCACAAACCCUGGCUCUGUCUUUGAUUAUGACCCAGCCGAGGACAACAUCCAGUCCAGGAGUCUGCAUAUGAUGUCAGUUCAAGCCCAGCGUCGCAGCAAGGAGCACUCUCGCUCCACUAGUGCCAUGAGCGGUGGAAUGGGUGAAGAGAGGUCGGAGUUGUCAGGUGAACAGGACCAGCACAUGUCCCUCUACAGCAACAAUAUAGCUGCCUCAUCGAUAGGUUACCAGCAGGCCAAGACUGUUGAGCUUCAGCAGAGGUCAUCAUCAGUGGCCACCCAGCAGACUACAGUGUCCUCUAUCCCAUCACACCCCUCCACCACUGGCAAAACUGUUCGUGCCCUGUACGAUUACGGUGCAGCUGACACCGAUGAGGUGUCCUUCAAGGAUGGUGAUGUCAUCGUGAACGUUCAGUCCAUUGACGAGGGCUGGAUGUACGGAACAGUGCAGCGUACUGGCAAGACCGGCAUGCUGCCAGCCAACUACGUGGAAGCCAUCUAAAGACAAGUCCAGAGCCCUCCUCCUUGCCUCCCUCCUGGAGUGAGCGUAGUACUCAUUCACUGGGUAAAAUUAAUUUAAAAAAAGAACAGAAAAAAAGAAACUAACAUCCAAGGCUUCCUUCAUCAAAUGUUACUUGUUUAGUGGAUAGGCUUAGUUGUUGAGUAUGUUAAGUAUGUCUGAAGUUAUUUGUUAAUGCAGGCUUGUUUGCCUGUCUCCCCUUCCCCUGUGGAUGUAUUAUGAGGAGAUUUUAAAAUGCUAAAACUGUAAUAAACACACCCGUAUAUGACAGACCACUGUAGGAUUAUUUAUAUUUUACUGUAGUAUUAUAACACGAAAGUAUGAAUUGACUGAGAGCCCAGUAUUUUUGUAAAAUGCAUACAACACUGACUCACUGUCAAAUGUGAUAUUCCUUGAAGACUUCACGAGAAUUGUAAAGUUGUAAGAGAAAGAAUGGGCGUAAUGUACUAUGCACCUUUCCCCUCAUGGGAAAGCAUAAUCUGAAAAGACAUUUCAUUUUUUUGUAAAUGAACACUGAACAUCAACUGAAAGGUGAUGUGGGGUUCACUGUAAAAAAUGUGAGAAAAUACAAACUCCGAGGAGACACCAUCCUUCCCUCUUGAAACGCAAACCUGUGCUGAACAGUUGUAGAAGACGAGCCUCUUCCCUCCACUGCUGUAGGCUGGCCGUUACUUGCAUGUGUGUUUUGUUUCUUCCGAUUCCCUUGGUGUUAGGGCAUGGAAGUGGUAUACCUUGAAUCAGUAGCUAAUAAAGCACACCAGGCUUCUGCAAUAUA